CUUCGCCAAUAGUGCGGGGGCUGCCAUUGAGCCGGCGUCGCUGCGAAAGUGAAGUCGCCGAGAGAUGAUGUUGUGAAGUCGCUCGCCCGUCCGUGCCACGCCCGGGCGGUUAGUGGCAGCGGUGGCCGCUUGGGCUGCUGCUCUCAGGCUGCCGCCGCUUUAGAAGCUUCUCCCUGAGGGAGCGCGGGCGGAGGACGCAGGACGCCGGGCUGUACCUUCACAAAAUUGAAGACUACAGAUGAGACUUACGUUAGCAAUUCGAUUAACAGUAGGAUUCUCACAAAAGAGAGGAGGACCUAUGCUUUUCUUGGGAGGCAGUGAAGAAAGGACAGUGUGUAUUCACGGCCAGCCCAGGGAAAGGAGUGCCAGGUGAGAAAAGCACUUGGCGACAGUGCCAGAGGAAGAGAAGCAAGCCGAUGAAAUCCCUUGUGCUGGAGGCAUGAAAGGCAGAGGUCACUGAAGAACCAGCCGCGGGUUGAAAAACAGACAGGUGGCAAGGAUGUAGCCUGACUCCAGAUUGAUUCAUUCAUUUAACAGGUCAUGACUGUCCAAUGUAUGAUAAUCACAUGAGAGCACUCGUUGCUGCAGAUGUCACUGGACUCAUCAGAAAAGAAUCUGUUUAAAAAUAUACGUACAACCAGAUCUAUUUCUUUGUUGAAUGGCUUGAUGGAUUUCCUUUACUCUGCUUCAGACCAAAGCUGUCCUUCUCAACCAAAGCAAGAAAGGAUCCUGCAUGAGUCAAUCCCAGAAUGCUAUUCUUACAUCACCAACAGGUGAAGAAAACCUCAUGAAUAUCGAUCACAGAGACUCAGAGAGCAUCACUGAUGUCUGCUCCAAUGAGGAUCUCCCUGAAGUUGAGCUGGUGAGUUUGCUGGAAGAACAGCUACCCCAGUAUAAGCUGAGAGUGGACUCUCUCUUCCUGUAUGAAAAUCAAGACUGGACUCGUUCCCCACACCAGCAGCAACAUGCGUCUGAUGCCCUUUCUCCAGUCCUCGCUGAAGAGACUUUCCGUUAUAUGAUUCUAGGCACAGACAGGGUGGAGCAGAUGACCAAAACUUACAAUGACAUCGACAUGGUUACACAUCUUCUGGCAGAGAGGGAUCGUGAUCUGGAGCUAGCUGCUCGAAUUGGACAGGCUCUCUUAAAGCGGAACCAUGUCUUGUCUGAGCAAAAUGAAGCCCUGGAGGAGCAACUGGGACAAGCCUUUGAUCAAGUUAAUCAGCUGCAGCAUGAGCUGUCCAAGAAAGAUGAGUUACUUCGAAUUGUCUCCAUUGCUUCUGAAGAGAGUGAGACCGAUUCCAGCUGUUCUACUCCUCUUCGGUUCAAUGAGUCCUUUAGCUUAUCUCAAGGUUUGCUGCAGCUGGACAUGCUGCAGGAAAAGCUCAAGGAACUGGAAGAAGAGAAUAUGGCUCUUCGAUCCAAGGCUUGUCACAUAAAGACAGAAACCAUUACCUAUGAAGAGAAGGAACAACAGCUUGUCAGUGACUGUGUUAAAGAACUUCGUGAAACAAAUGCUGAGAUGUCCAGAAUGACUGAAGAAUUGUCUGGAAAGAGUGAUGAACUGAUUCGAUACCAAGAAGAGAUCUCCUCUCUCUUGUCUCAGAUUGUAGAUCUUCAGCACAAACUUAAAGAGCAUGUGAUUGAGAAGGAAGAACUGAGACUUCACCUACAUGCUUCCAAAGAUGCCCAAAGACAACUGACAAUGGAGCUGCAUGAGUUACAAGAGAGGAAUAUGGAGUGUCUGGGAAUGUUACAUGAAUCCCAAGAAGAAAUAAAGGAACUUCGUAGUAGAUCUGGCCCUGCUGCUCAUCUCUACUUCUCCCAGUCAUGUGGAGGUUUUUCUGGGGAAUCCCUGGCAGCUGAGAUUGAGGGGACCAUGCGUAAGAAGCUGAGUUUGGAUGAGGAAUCUUCUCUCUUUGAACAAAAAGCCCAACAGAAGCGGGUAUUUGAUACUGUCCGGGUUGCCAAUGACACGCGGGGUCGCUCUGUCCCAUUCCCAGCUCUGCUACCCAUUCCAGGCUCCAACCAUUCCAGUGUCAUCAUGACAGCAAAGCCUUUUGAGUCUGGUUUACAACAAACAGAGGACAAAACACUCCUGCACCAGGGGAGCAACUCGGAGGAGGUUCCAGGGAAUGUUGAGAAGACGGGUCAGCCAGGACCCUCUGAAGACAGUGAUGUGGCUACAGCGCUGCAUCGCCUCAGUCUGCGGCGACAGAACUACUUAAGUGAGAAGCAGUUCUUUGCUGAAGAAUGGGAGCGGAAGAUCCAGGUUCUGGCUGACCAGAAGGAAGGGACUAAUGGCUGUGGCACCCCCACCGAGGGCCUUGCCUCUCUCUACACCGACCAGUCGGAGACCACAGACCUCAGCAGUGCCAGUUGUUGCCUUCGAGGUUUUAUGCCUGAAAAAUUACAAAUUGUUAAGCCCCUUGAAGGAUCACAAACUCUGCACCACUGGCAGCAGCUUGCUCAACCAAAUUUAGGAACUAUUCUUGACCCACGGCCAGGUGUUAUCACUAAAGGCUGUACCCAGUUGCCCAAUGAUGCCAUCUAUCACCUCUCUGAUUUAGAAGAGGAUGAAGAGGAAGGUAUCACUUUUCAAGUUCAGCAGCCUCUUCAGAUGGAACAGAAACCUUCAAUAUCCAAGCCAGUAACAGGAAUCUUCCUCCCGCCCAUUACUUCAGCAGGUGGCCCAGUGACAGUUGCAACCUCAAACCCAGGAAAGUGUCUGUCAUGCACAAACUCGACUUACACCUUCACCACCUGUAGGAUAUUGCAUCCCUCUGAUAUCACUCAGGUUACCCUCAGCUCUGGGUUCCCUUCAUUAUCCUGUGGAAGUAGGGGUAGCAGUUCAUCAAAUACAGCAGUGAAUUCUCCUGCUAUGUCCUAUAGACUCAGCAUUGGUGAAUCCAUCACCAACCGGCGAGAUUCCACUAUCACCUUCAGUAGCACCAUGAGCUUGGCCAAACUUCUACAAGAGCGAGGCAUCUCUGCUAAAGUGUAUCACAGUCCAGUUUCAGAGAACCCCCUCCCCCAGCCUCUCCCUAAAGCCCUGGCUAUCCCUUCCACACCACCAAAUUCACCUUCUCACUCACCUUGCCCUUCUCCUUUGCCCUUUGAGCCUCGAGUGCAUCUCUCUGAAAAUUUUUUGGCCUCCCGACCAGCUGAAACAUUCCUCCAGGAGAUGUAUGGUUUGAGACCUUCCCGGAACCCUCCUGAUGUUGGACAGUUGAAGAUGAACUUAGUGGACAGGCUGAAGAGACUGGGGAUAGCCAGAGUGAUCAAGACCUCUGAUGCACGGGAAAAUGGAAGAAGCCAAGAGGCAGAAAUUGGUCUUCAAAGACCAGACUCUGCUGUUUAUUUAAAUUCAGGUAGCAAUUUAUUGAGUGGACUGAGGAGGAAUCAGAGUCUUCCAGUCAUAAUGGGUAGCUUUGGCGCCCCAGUUUGCACAUCCUCACCCAAAAUGGGUAUCCUGAAGGAGGACUGAGGUUCAGCUGUUAUCUGACCUCUUACACAAAUUAGCACAUGAAGGAUAGAUUUGCACUGAUAGAUGUAGUCUGGUUGGACUGAGAGAAAAGGAACGUUGCAGAAGGGGUUGUGAACGUGGGAAGAGGAACGUGGGAGAAUAGAAACAGAAUUGCGAUGAGGCCCUAAUGAAUGAGGUCUGAUAAACUGAAAGUAUAUAUGAAAAGGUCAUGAGUGUUUGGAGGCAGAAAAGGAAGAAAAGUCUAAUACACUCCUUCAGUUGGGUUUUCUUGUCUUGAAAAUGAAAAGUGACUAGAAAAUAAAUUCAGUAAUAUUGAAACAUACCAAAAGUACUGAACUUGCUAGCACAUUUAUUUCUGGUAAGCAUAAGCAAGGAGAACCCAGGUUAGGAGAUGGGAAGAGAAAAGGAGCAGCUUUGACGUCACCUAUGGAAAGCUGUCCUGGAGGGUUGCUGGGGAAAGCUCAGUCUGUUGCUGGGACAGUGGUGAGAUGGCUCAUAGGUUUGCCCCUCCAUCAAAUGGUGUGCUCACAGCGUUAGCACAAGUUACCUUUUUCAUGAAAUCAGAAGAGUGGAGACUCCCUUUUGCUUUCUGUUUUCAGGCCUUUGAGCCACUGGCAGCCCAAAGACUACCAAAUUCCUUUUGUAUUUGUGAUUAAUUAAAAGUUCUUUUUUAAAAUUUGUAUUUUUAUAUGACAACCCCCAAAAAACAACAUGAGUGGGGAGUAGGAGAGAUUUACUUUAAAAGGAAAAUUUGGGUUAAUUGGAACCAAGGAAACUUGUUUUCAGAAUAUUUCUUCUGGGUAAGUGCAGUGGCCAAGACAUUUGAACACAAUUACGUGUCUUUCAGAUUUCCAUGGAGGCUGGAAGGAAUUCAACCAGAAGUGCAAUCAUAGGAGUUAGGGAAGGUUGUGUAUUUAUGUCUGUGAGUUUUUUAAUAAGGAAAGUUGGUUGCAACUAAACUUUUUCCAAAGUAUACUAUGCAUAUUUUUAAUGAAAGAUGACCUGUAUUUGCACAAAAAUUCUCAGGCAAAUAAAUUAUUAUAAGCUGAAGUAAAACCCAGGUGCUUGCUUUGAGAUUGUGGGUUUUUUAAGUGUAAAAUAAAAUUAAAACAAAUCUGCCUUUUUCUUGAUAUCUGUAGAAUUAAAGAAUGAACUUUUUAAUGGGAGAGUCAAAGCUUUUGCUUUUUCCCUGAGGCGGCUUCUUUUUUUUAAACAAACUAUGUGAAACUGCAAAGUGGAACUUGAGGAUUAGGUUCUGGUGUUUAACCGUGUGACGCAAGGCUGUGAAUUGGGAAGAAACAAAUCUGUUUUCUGAGUGUUGCUGACCAAGGUCUGCUCCUCACAGAUGACAUGGCUUCAUCUAGGCAGUACAGCUCAGAAAGAAAUACCAUUAUAUGAAAGGCAUGAUGGAGAGACGAUGAGGGAGGGGAAUAAUUAUUUUAUUUUUGAAAAUGAGAGACAUAUUACUUGAUCUUUUUGGUGUUUAAUUUGUAAAUGUUUUACUCCUUUGUUCUGACUUAACUGAAAGGCAAUUUUCUGAAGAAUUCUUCAUGAGUCUUGCUCCUUUGAUUCCCAUUAAUAGACCUAUCUUCAGGCCAGAGGAGGGUCCUUCCUCUCUCAAGGUGCCUCUCCUUCGUGAAGAGCUGUGUGCUCAAAAGGGUAGAAAAACCAACAUGCGUGCAGUGGCAAGAAUAUGUGAGUUUUCCAUGCUUUUUAGAAUCUUUUGAUAAAACUUUUCUAAGUAAAUUUCUCAAAAAAGAAAAGUGAAAGUGUCAUCUCCCCAUUCUCCCUCCUUGCUCAGUCAUGCUGAGGUCAACAGACUGUACACAUGCGUGUUCAGAAAGGAUGCUAGCAGGUCCAUAGGUCAAUGUAAGUGUCCCUGAAUGUGGCAGGCAUUAACCAAAAGAAUUCCUGAUGUUUAAAUUUCUGAAAUAUUCCAAUUCACUUAUUAAAAAAUAGUAUUUGAGUUUCUACUUCAUAAAGUAACUCUGGGGUGCUUAUUUUAGCCAAUUCUUAAAGCUUUUUAUUUAUUCUCAAAGAAAGAAAGCUUCCUGUUGCCAGUUUCCAAGAAACAUCAGGAAGUAGGAAAAUGUAGGGCCAGAGAAUAGUACAAAGUGUUAAACUAUCAGAUUUAUGAAUAUUAUAUAAAUAGGUAUAAAUUAAGCUAGAUUUUGGAGCGUUCUGUGUAAUUAGUAUACUUUUUUGUAACCGAUGCUAAAAUGAUCACUUAGGAGGCAAGGCAAAGGCAAAUUCACAGCCAAAUAAGCACAUCAGAUGAAAAAGAACCAUACUUAGGUUUUUGAAGAUUAGAUUGACGUUACUGUUCCAUCAGAAACGCAGUAACUUUAUACUGGUGCAUGCUUGUCUCUAGAGAUGAAUCCUGUUUUGAAAUUGGGUUUUGCAGUUUUUGAAGUUUGCACCUAAAAUCAUUUUUGGUACAGCCUGAGAAUCUCUUAUUAUAGCAAAAUUGUGUGCAAAGUAUAGUGAGAAGAACUGGAUAGCAAGUUCCUCCUCAAUUUUUCUGUUAUGCGUUAGUACUGUUCACAUUUUAGUUCUUCUUUAUCAACUGUGUAUGUACUUUUAUGCCAGUAUAGGAAACUCCAAUCUUUUUUUUCUCCUUCAAGAAGGUUCUCAGUGAUUAUACCUCAGGUAUUUCUGAGUAUCCUAUUAGAUCUAGUAGGAAGGAUACCUUCAUGAGCUCAGACUUAAAAGUUUUCCUGAAUUAUGAUGAUCCCAAAUCUUAAGCAUGAGUCUUAGGGAGAAGUUAAUGACCAUUGUUAAAGUAAUUUUUUAAAAAGUUUUGUACUAUAUGUCCUUGAUUUGACAUGAAUGAACAGACUUUGACAAAGGGACGACAUAAGCUAGAGGCAGCUCACAAGAGCCUAUUCUCUAUUAAAGGUGUAUUUUAUAUAGUAUUCAAAAAAGCCUGUUAUUUUUUCUGACCAUUCUAGUAUGUGAUUAGUUCUUGUUGGUUACUAACAUUGACUGUUGACAUCUAGAACUAGAUCCCUUGAGUGUUUGUCAUGGUCCACUCCUUUGAUAUCAGAUGCCUGUACUCCAGGUGCAACACACAGUGUUUACACUGUGGUUGUGCUGCAGAGCACAGUGGAAGUGCCCGCUGGGGCAGCCAGGGAAGUACUGUUGUUUGAUAGCUGGGGCUUGACUGUUGAACAGCUCUUUGUGCACCUACCUUUGCUUUGUCAAUUGUAAAUCAGAUAAUAAACAUGAGUCUCUUGUUAAAUUGACA